UUUUGUCCCUUUGCACUCUGUUUGCUUGUGCCUGAGUGGGAUUGUCAGUAUCUAUGGAAAUUCUGUUUAUUUAGGGAGUGAGAUAACCCAGUGAAGUGUCAAGUCACUUGGUCUGUUCAGAUUGGUAAUGUAUAGGCCAACAGUCAUCAACAGUAUCCCAACAGCCUGGUGCUCCUCAGAAGUGCAUCGUGCGUAAAGAGAACAGUUUGUAAAUGCAUGGAACCUGAAGCUGUGAAAACAAGUUGUAGACAUCCAUUUGCAGGCUUGCAGAUCAAAGUUGAUUGCUUGUGGUGAUCCCCAUUACUAAUUGUGCACAGGAUCAAACACAAUGUGAUUUUGGGGCUGGCUUUUGGCAGCAGUUUGCUGCCUCUAAUGCUGGCAGCUGGAACUUGAUUUACUCCUAUUUUCUAAAUAAUUACUGCCAAUGGUUUACUUGAAAAUUGAAGCCUCCAAAAGCACAAAUCUGCAGUGAAUAGCUAUCAUUUAUCUAUCGUCUCGAUUAAAAACUGGCAGGCAGACAGAAAAGUGGACCGGAUUGAAGACGUGCUUUUUGACAGAAGUACAACAGGAAUCACUGCUGGGCAGCGCAAAAAUAAAGCUUGGAGCAAUGCCAGAUUCUCCCGCUGAAGUUAAAACUCAGUCCCAGUUGACACCACCAGCGAUGCCGCCACCACCUCCCACCAUCAUACAGGGGCCUGCUCGAAACAUUUCUUUCUCUCCGACAACAACAGUGAUGAAUGGGACCAAUCAUUUGCCAACUGCAAUCAGUGGAGCCCCAUCAAUCCCCAAAGGGCUCAGCGAUGGUCCAGCCACCUCUACCACUGCUUCUCUAACCAAUCAGCAGUUGCCUCCCACUUGUGGAGCUCGACAACUCAGCAAACUGAAACGCUUCCUGACUACACUGCAGCAGUUCGCAAACGACAUCUCCCCAGAGAUUGGAGAGCGCGUUAGGAACUUGGUGUUGGGUCUUGUGAAUUCUACUCGGACUAUUGAGGAGUUUCACUCAAAGCUUCAGGAGGCAACCAAUUUCCCCUUGAGGCCUUUUGUCAUUCCUUUCCUGAAGGCUAAUCUCCCACUAUUACAACGAGAACUCUUCCACUGUGCUCGGCUUGCGAAGCAAACACCAGCGCAGUACCUGGCCCAACAUGAACAGCUGCUUCUCAAUGGCAAUAGUAGCUUGCCUAUUGACUCCUCUGAGAUUCUGCUGGGAGUGAAUGAAAAUGGUAAACGAAGCACCCCCGACAGGACCAAAGAGAAUGGGUUGGAUCAUGACCCAUCACACACAGAACAUGUCAGUAAAAGGCUGUGCGCACUCAGUCCUGGUCAGUGUUUCAGUCCCAGCCACAGGCUUGGACACCAAUCUAAUGGGCCGCAACAUCUGGCACCACCCCAACUGCAGCACUACCGAUUGGAGGACAUGGCUGGAGCCCAUCACUACAGAGACUCUUACCGACAGCCCGAGCACAAGGAGCUGAGGGAUCGCAACCGGCCUGCUGCUACAGGAAUACAUGGAACUCAGCAGGAAGAAGUCAUUGAUCAUCGUUUAACAGACAGGGAAUGGGCAGAGGAAUGGAAGCACCUGGAUAAUCUCCUGAAUUGCAUAAUGGAUAUGGUGGAGAAGACUCGCCGCUCAUUAACUGUGCUGAGGCGUUGUCAGGAAGCUGACCGAGAAGAACUUAAUCACUGGAUUCGUCGCUAUAGUGAUGCUGAAGAUAUGAAGAAAGAAAUACGUGGUGAGAUGCCGCGCAGACCAACACAGGGAUACACACGGGAAGAGAUCUGGAAAAAAGCUGAAGAGGCGGUGAAUGAAGUGAAGCGCCAUGCCAUGACAGAGUUAAAGAAAGCUGUGUCAGAGGCAGAACGCAAGGCCCAUGAGAUGAUCACAGCUGAGCGAGCAAAGAUGGAGCGUGCGCUGAGGGAAGCCAAGCGGCAGGCUUCUGACGAUGCACAGUCUGCCAUCAACCAACAGGAGGACUCCAGUGAGGCCAUCCCCAUCCACACAGCCUCCUGGAGCAGGGAGGGCAAGGCAGACGAGCCUGCAGACAUAUCCACCAUUACCAGGGCCACUCCGUGUCCAUUGGAAAGGAGCCGCACUCACUGUGGGCUCAGGCAGAUGGUUUUGGCUGCUCCUCCCUCGGAGAGCUGCUGGAAUUGUGGUCGGAAAGCCAGUGAAACGUGCAGUGGCUGCAACACAGCCCGUUACUGUGGCUCCUUCUGCCAGCACAAGGAUUGGGAAAAGCAUCACCACGUCUGUGGCUUGAACGGCCAAGGCCCACAGUCCAUGAGUACAGCCAGCAGCCCGCCCUCUGAUUCUGGGAGUCACCUCCAGUCCGAUGUCGUCCCCAGUAGUGGGGCAGAAUGCCCUGGAGACACCGGAUCUGUCGUCUCUCGCUGUGCCUCGCCAGCCACUCCCAACCCAGUCGAAACUGCCUCCCACUAAUCAACAGUGCAACUUCUCAACUACCUGAAGACUUCAUUGAACUGACCUCUCUUCACUUGUUAAUCCUGGGAGCUUCAACAACCUCACUCAACCUAGAUGAGACAAAGAAAUCUAACUGCUUUAAAAAAAAAAAAAACACGAUUUUCUGGUUAUUUACCAAAUGUUCUCUCUUCUGCAGUCUCACUGGUUCUGAACAUUAUCUAGAGAUUUCUCUCUGGACCACAGCCUGUGAUGAACUGAUUGGACAGAGAUUCAAUGUUCAGCAAUAUUCCUCAUUAAGGUUAAAAUGAGGGAAAAUUCUACCUUGUAAAAGAGGUAUGCUGCUUUAAAAAUUCCAAAAAUACUCACAUGGACAUGACCCAACCCCUGGCCACUGCACUCUACUUUCCAUUGCCCUCCUAUUUCUUCCCCAACAUUCUUGCCCUUGGAUUUAUCCCUGACCUUUCUUUCCCGAUGACUUUUCCCAACCUUUCUUCCUCCUGGCCUUACCCCAAAAGACCUUUCUUGCCCUUUGGAACCCAUCCUCUUUACCCUUAGAUUCCCGCACAGCCACCCCCCGAACCUUUCUGCCUUUGGAUUCCCCACUCCUCCAAUCCUUUGCCCUUCGAACAGCCACAUCUCUUUCCCUCAGGCCUGUCCAUGCCCUUGGAUUCCCCACCCUCAUGCUGCCCUACUGAGCAUUCCAGAGGAUAAUUUGCAUGCUCCAAAUACACAGUUAUACAACGUAUGUGCCAAUAAACCCAUUCAAAACAUGCUUACAGAUGAAAUUGUUCAGUCACACAUAAAGGAGCACUCUCCCUACUACCUUGCUAGCCAGCCAAGAAGACACCAGAUGCACCUCGGCUCCACCAUAAACCUAAACCAUGGACUGCCAAAGUCACUCAUGGAGGAGGAGCAGCAGCGGUCCGUAACUCUCUGAGCAAGUGUGGUCCUCGGCCGUGGUGCUUCACACCAAAGGCGCCAGCUCUCCAGGGCUCCUGCCUCUCUGCAUUUACAGAUUUAUCAGUUGGAUUUGCUAUUGUCAAUAAUCCUGAAGGCAUAACAUUAGAGUUGGGUGAAAGAACUACAUGUGAAGAGCCCACUCUCAGUGACCUCACUGCACUGACUACAAUGAGGAAAGUAUCAAUAAUGACAAUCGAUAACUUUAAUUUCUUUUUAAGCAUGAAUGAAGUUUUGACUUGCUGCAGCCCUUUGAUUCUCUACCUCCCUUCUCUUGUUUUUGGUGGGGAUUGAUCCCGAGAUCAUUAUGUAUAAUAUUCUUGCUCUUGUGAUCUUUCAUGUGAACCUUUGUGGUGUUCAGGUGUAUCUUGAAUCAUGACAGUUUUAUUUUUUCAUGCAUGGACUGAAUUCUUAAACAAAAAAAUAUGGAAGCUUCCUACCCAUUUCUCCUGAGACUCUCAUCCUGUCCUGCAGCCAAUGGUGCAUCACCACAAGUUCCCACCUAGCCCACUCCCUUGUCUUCCCCUAUAACCUGUCGCCUCUCGUGAUUAGUGGAGGCAGUCAGCAACUGUACCUGCACCACCCUUUGGCUUCAGCAAGUUGCCUAAUAAAGUUAUCACCGGAAGGAAACGCCGAAAAACAUUCUAGCGACUUUACUUCAUUUUCACUGAUUUCCCAGUAUGACCAUCUCUAUAGCGUCAUGUCCAAUGAUGUCUGUCACUCAUGCACUGAUAAAGCAGUGAUUAGCUGUUCAUCCUACAGAAGAAUGCAGUAUUGCUCUGUCUUGGACACUGCACAGGCCACGAGCCGCCCUGUGGCCUCAGUGUUGGUGGAUGCUGGAGCUGACAGACUGUCCCUCGGCACUGUGGACGACAUCGAUUUCCAUUAUUCGUUACUGCAGAGGGGCAGGAAGGUGACAACUGGAUGGAUACGAUAGUUACUUUAUUUAUCGUGUGAUUAAGGAUAAUGUUUAUUUUUUUAAAUAUCUUAAUAUAUAAAUAUUUCUGAUUUCUGCAAUAUGACCCAUUUUCUGUUUCCAGCUUUUUGUGUUCUUCAUGCCUCCUACAUUCUAAAGCUUACCAAUACUCUGCAAAGCCAUGGUUCUCCAUCUUCAGGUUCAAUUACACAGACAUGGGCCCCCACGAUGCUCCUGGAGAUUGUGCCCAUUCAGACUGCGAGCUAGGGGCUCUGCUUUACCCCGGCCUGGCCUUGCUCAAAUCCUGGGCCUUGCCAACUAGGAUAGAGUGGUUCCCACAUGGGUACAAAACUGAUUCACUGCAAGCUUCCGUCUCCCAUGCAUCUGGCCUGGAUACUGAAUAAAUUCUCAGUAACACCGAUUCCUGAUUGCCCCAAGCAGCAUUUUUUUUGCUCAGGGAAGUGAAUGUUAAUAGUUGUGAUUUGAGAUGUGCUGCCUCGAAGGGCAACAAAAGCAAAUUCAGUAGAGGCACAAUGGGUAAAAUGGCUCCCUACAUCCCAUUCUCUCUCGUGCGCACAGUUUCAUUCUUGAACCUACUAUCCAAAAAUUACAUUAUAAACCACAAAAAUGACAACUGCAAAGCAAAUUAAUUUGCCUGUACUGAAUUAGAUUACUUCCAGCAAAGAGAGAGCCCACAGAACAAAUGUUAAAUCCACCUGUUGGUCACCAAAGACAGCACCUUAUAAGAUGUUCUGUUUCCUUCUGCGGUCUCGUUACUUCACCAGUCCUCUAAUAUUCUAGGGAAUCGCCCUCUGGGAGGCACCGUCUUUCACUCCACACCACUCCAGUGAGCUGCAGCUGUAGGUGACAGAGCACAGACCAAAUCUGCUUGUGCUCAGUCACUGAAAACUUGCUCAUCGGUCCAGUGUCUAUUGAGAGUAUGGCACUCAACAGCUGAGGGUUCAAGCACCAAAACAGGAAUAACAGCCUGGUACAAGGAUCCAGUCUAUUCCAGUCUUGCAUCAUCUUGUUAUCCUGUACAGUCAAGCCUAACUGGGUCUGACCUCUCUCUUCAGCUGCUGCUGUUUGGAACAGUGAGGGAAUGAUUGAUGGUGAUGAGAGUGUUGGCGGACUGACUUCAGGAGUGAGCUGGUGUUUGUGUUUAUCAUAUCAUUUGGGAAAGGUGUUGGCAGUAGACUGGAUAAAUCUAAUGUAUUAAAUUCACUGUGCAAUCAUUCAAAGUACAGGAACCCUUGCCACUCCUGGAGUUCUGUAGCCAUUCUAGUGUCAUAUUUGGGCAUGCUGUUCCCCCUGUCCUGGGCUUUCUAUGUACUGUUAUAUUCAGCUGUGAUUGUAACAUGGAAUCAGGUAUGUCUGUACUUAUUCUGUACCUGUGUAAUAAAAGAUUUUAAUAUCACAUUGAA